UCUUCCCGGCAGUUGGCGGUUUGUAACUUGAACUGGGACAGACUGAAAGCUAAAGAUCUUCUGGCUCUCUUCAAUUCGUUUAAGCCCAAAGGAGGUGUGGUGCUGUCUGUGACGAUCUAUCCGUCUGAGUUCGGGAAGGAGAGGAUGAGUGCAGAACAGACUCAGGGUCCGCAGGAGCUCACCGGCCUCCCGGAGAACCCUGACGCCGACACAGAGGAGCAAAGGUACUGGACGCUAGGGUUGCGACGUAUGUGUACUUUUUCUAAAUGUCUAAAUCUAAAUAUUCUUUUCAUUGUUUUUUUAGGGCUGAAGGAAACAACUGAGAAGCUUGUGAAGAAGAAAAUGGAGGGCAAAGAUCAGUUGACUCCGUGGGAGCAGUACCUGCAGAAGAGAAAGGAGAAAAAGAAAGAGAAAAGGAAAGGAAAGAAGGAAGCGAUGGAGGCGGAGCCUGCGAUCAGUGAUGAUGAACUUCCUGCUGAUGUUGACUUUAAUGACCCCUUCUUCAAAGAAGAGCUCGGCUCGAAAGCAUCCCUGAAAAACAAAAAGAACAAGAAGAACAGCAAGAAGGAUGAGGAGAGGACACCAGAAGAACAGGAAGAGCUGGAACGACAGAGGGCUGAGAUGGAGCUGCUGAUGGACGACAAUGAAAGCGACAAGCACAAACAUUUCAACUACGACAAGAUCGUAGAGCAGCAGAACCUGAGCAAGAAGAAGAGAAAGAAACUCGUGAAGAGCAACACGCCACUGGAGGAGGACGACUUCCAGGUGGACGUUCAAGACCCGCGUUUCCAGGCUAUGUUCACGUCCCAUCUUUACAACCUGGACCCGUGCGACCCGGGCUACAAGAAAACCAAAGCAACGCAGAGCAUCUUAGAGGAGAAACAGAGACGCAGAGAGGAGCGACAGCACAGCCAGGAGGUGGCGGCGCUGAAGAGCAGAGCCGUGCAGGAGAAGGACAAAGCAGAGACGCCGUCAUCCUCCACUGAAGCCUUAGACCCCAGUUUAUCAUUGCUUAUCAAAUCCAUCAAGAACAAAACUGAACAGUUUCAAGCGCGCAAGAAACAAAAGACAAAAUGACUCUUAUAACAAGAGACUCGAGUCUGAAGUGGAUUCAUUGCUGUUUCAUAUAACAGGGUUCGUUUUCUGGAGUCACUUUUGUGACUAAUUUGUGCUUGGAGACAAAAUGAGACGUUUUUGAUCAAUAAAUAUCAUACUUUCUCCUAGUUCAAAAAUGUUCAAACAUGUCUGCUUCAGACUUUUGUAAUCGACCUGCCAUUUUUGGAUGAAAACAUCAAGGGUUUGUUUCUUCCACUGUACACAAAAUCUCAUUGUACUCGUUUUGCUUGAUGAAAUGGUUCAGAACGGUGUAUCUAUGCUUCCCUAACCUGUCCUCCAGGAAGCCAAACUCUGCAUUAUUUGUAUGACCCCCUCAUCUAACACACCUGAUUGAACUCGUUAGCUCAUUAGCAGACUGCAAGAGCAGAAUUUGACCCGCUGGAAUUUGAGGCCAAGUGUAUCCCAUCAUUCAUCAUGUGCUCUAAAAUCAUGAGAUUUAAGGAAACUUUCCAGUAUAAGUUAAAUUAGAUAUUACAUAUACUUUUGUAAGUAAAAUGUGAAGUGUGGCAUAUUUUAUUGGCGCAGAGAUGAGCAUGUGUACGUCUUAAAAUGCUAUUUUGAAUCCAAAGUAGGUCAUAAGUGUGAUUCGUGUAGAUCCAGUAAGUUUUUUUCAAAAUUGAAAAAGAGGUGGGUUUGCAAGAGUCACUCGUAAUGAAAUGAGAACCAUGUUUUGUAAUCAUAAAAGAAAAGAAAAAAAAUUUGUUUGAAAAAAAAAUGCA